UUUCAUUUCUCAAUCUCUCUCACGCACUACACAGUUCAGGAAAGGAAAGGAAAAGGUUAUCACUCCACUCAACUCAACUCAAUCAACUGCACGAGAUAUAAGGAUAAACAGCUUUAUUGUUUUUAAAACCAAAGGAAGAGAGAUAGAGAGAUAGAGAGAAUCAGAGAAAGCUAAAGCUCUGCAGCCCUAGAAAUUUGCAUUCCGAUAAGGACUUUUGUGUAAAGCGCUUUUUGUAGUAAGUUAUGAUACUUGCCAGCCCUUCAUUCAGAUGACCUCCCUUCUCUCUAUCUACACCUUUAUUAUCCCUUCAAAACUCUUUCGCCUUUUUUAUCUCUCUUUCCCUUUUAACUUCUCUCUUCUUCUUCCUCCUCCGCUGGAAAACUUUGCUACCUCUAACCCAUUUCACUAAUGUCAAGGGGUUAGGGGUUUUGCCCAAGAAGAUGCUUGGUGUUUAAGGGUUUAUCAUGGGUUGGUGAGAGUGUGGACCUGUUUCAGUCUUUUCUGGUUUUUAUCUUCAAUAUGAAGCCUUUCUCUUUGUUUCUUCUGGUUUGGUAAGCUGUAAAUUAGCCUGCAUUUUGUCUUUUCUUUCAAGCCUUUGCUUUUCAAGUUUUGAAUUCCUUUCCUUCUUUCUUUUGUCGGUCUUCAAGAUUCUUGGUGUUGCUUAGAUUUAGUUAUUUCUGUUUAUUUUAUGUCUUCCUUCUUUGUUUUGGGUUAUUUCAAUUUUUUUCUUUUUCAUUUCUGGAUUUGAAAGAUCGUCUUGUACAAUACAACAGUGACUAUCUGCUUGAUGGUUAAACAAUGUAUCUGCAUUAAGCUUUCCUGUUUGGAAUUGAAGUACAUUGAGUGUUUUAUUAUGUGUGCUCUGAUCAAGUUACACGGAUUUGACUUCCUUUGUAAUUUCUGGUAAAGCUUACAUAUGGCUCUUGGUUCUUUUAAUGUUGGUCCUAAAAUCUUAUCUUUUUUUAGUAAGCACGGUUUGUUAGUUGCGAAUUGAGGUCCUUAGCUCUUGACAAGUAGGAGGUUCCAUAAUUUUGCAAUUAAUUGUGUGUAAGUUGAUCCAGAGAUACGUUUAAGUUUAGGUUUGUCAAAAUAAAUGCAUGGAUCGAAGGGAUGCUAUGGCUUUACCUGGGUCAGCCUCUUACUAUGUGCAACAAAGAGGGAUGACUAGUUCUUCUGGGGCGGGAACAACGCAUAAUCUACAUGGAUCACCCGGCAUUCAUACAUUAUCUACUCCAAAUGUGCAGUUUCAGUCAAAUAUUGGAGGCACUACUCUUGGAUCAACAUUACCUGUAGAGUCUUCAUCAGCAAUUUCACCUCAUGGUGUCAAUGUUGCUGCCCCUUCUGGCUUGCCACAAAUCGAGCCUGCUAAGAGGAAGAGAGGAAGGCCCCGGAAAUAUGGGCCCGAUGGCACUGUGUCAUUGGCAUUAUCUCCUUCUGUGUCCACUAAUCCUGGUACCUUAAGACCAACCCAAAAGCGGGGUAGAGGGCGACCUCCUGGAACUGGAAGAAAACAACAAUUAGCUUCACUUGGUGAAUGGCUGUCUGGCUCAGCUGGGAUGGGCUUCACUCCACAUAUCAUCACUGUUGCAGUAGGAGAAGACAUUGCAAUGAAAAUAAUGUCGUUUUCACAACAAGGGCCCAGAGCAAUAUGCGUUUUAUCGGCUAAUGGUGCUGUCUCUACUGCAACUCUCAGACAGCCAUCAACGUCUGGUGGCACUGUAACAUAUGAGGGGCGUUUUGAGAUAUUGUGUCUGUCAGGCUCCUACUUGGUCACUAGUAGUGGUGGCCCCCGCAACCGAAGUGGUGGUCUGAGUGUCUCUCUUGCUAGUUCUGAUGGUCGUAUCAUUGGUGGAGGAGUUGGGGGAAUGCUAAUUGCAGCAAGCACUGUUCAGGUAAUAGUGGGGAGUUUCCUCUGGGGAGGUCCAAAGACUAAGAGUAAGAAGGGGGAAAUUCCAGAAGGUGUGAGAGACCUAGAACAUCAGACAAUUGACAAUCCAGUGACUCUAACUAGUGCUCCUUCAAGUCAUAAUCUCACUCCAACUUCUUCAGUAGGUGUAUGGCCUGGUUCAAGGCCAAUGGAUAUGCACAAUCCCCAUGCUGACAUCGAUUUAAUGCGCGGGUGACAAAUCCUCUGUUAAUUUCACAAGCAAUGUGUAUGUUCUGUUGUUUGAACUCCACUUAAAUCUGAUUUAUGACUGUAGAAUCCAGUUGAUUUGGAACUUUGACAAAUCUCAAUCAAUGUUAUUUAUCAUAGAUAAUGUUUUGUACUCA